AUGUCACUGCAUCAAUCUCGGCCCAGCAUCAGAAGUACCACGAUGAUUAGCACGAUGCGGGCGUUUUUUUUCUUCGGCCUCGUAUCGGAGGCAAACGGACUGGCGACGCCGCACGGGACACCGGCAUGGAGACUUUACAGUACCCUUGGAAGCUCUUCCAGCGUAGAACAAGAACAGAAUCGUAGAAACCACGAGGGAACAAGUAUUGAUGCUUCUACAACUUUGAUGGCUUCUAAUACGUAUCUGGGCUCAACAUCUUCUACUGCAGCAGCAAGUGCAGCUAGACCUUCGGUACUGCCUACUGCACCUUCGCAAAUUCCCGCUUGUUUCCUACCUGGAGCUCCUGCAACCGGGUACAUACCACCUAUGGAACUACCGCCGGCGGCUGAAGAAGACGACAGAACGGCCUGGGCGGCCCCAGUAGAGAACGGCGGAGUUUCACCACCUCCAGAAUUCUUGUUGAACAACGGGGAACAAGGACAUAACGGAAAAAGCCUGCGUAUCUCUCAACAGCUCCUCGACGCUUGUACACGGAUCAAUAAGAAUCUGCCAGCUCACGCGCCAAGAGAGGGACAGAAAGGUCCGCUCUCGGAAGCGAGUACGUCACCGUCCAAUUCGCCCUCGGACCCGGAGCAUCAAAACAGAGCAUUUCUAGGGCGGAGAUUACAAUAAUGAUAUUAAUUUGAGACGCGCCGCGUGUCUCACCGUAGUUCCAAGAUGUGAAAAGCAGUUGGGACAGAAGGGAAUAAGGUCGAGAAGUGGAGGAAUUUCAUGCCUGGUUCGUAGUUUUGACUUUGAAAACAUAAAAGUACACAAAACAUAUACACAAGUCUUUAUGUUGUUGUUCGUCAGGUUGACGUUGAUUCAUCAUGAUUUGACUUUUUGCAUCCGAGCCAGAAAGCAUAGUGAUAGUACGCAACGCAACUAAAGAAGGGUCUGUGAGCAACAUGGAACACGCUUGAUCAUCGUAAACUUCUUGUAAAAUGACAGAAUGGAGGAUUUUAAUCGAGGUAGAAACAUAAAAGCAGGAACAGGUCUGUAACUUCUGCUGGCAGGAUUGGUUUCAAAUCCAAUGCUCAUGGUAGAAGUAGUUACAGGGAUUCCAGUUCUAGCACAAUAUUGGAGAAUGAACUUGUACCAAAAAUUAAGUAGCACGACAGGGCUUGCUUUUGCGUUCUAGCAAAACGCCUAUAUUUAACAUCGUCAGCACAUGCAUGACAGCACAAGGCAGGAAGUAGGUGCAAAAAGCCGCGAAAAUCUCGAGCAGGAGAAAAAAGAACAGCUGCGACUCCUUUACUUGAUUCCGUGUAGCAUUGUUGCAAUGAAGAUGUGUCAAAAAAAGGGAGUGUAUCAGCUGCUUAAAAAUGAU